GCACCGUUUCACUGAUAUAAAUAAAUAAAUAAAUCCGUGGCCACAAGUCACCGCAACAAAGUGCAAUCCCCAUGAUGCAAGCAACAUGCAAAAGCAAGCAGUUACUGUAGAACCGCCAUAUUGCCACGUGGAAAAGCCAAGUGAAACGUGGCACGUAUCUAUUGGUGAUUGGAACAGACUCCUACUCACGCAAAGCAGGAAAAUGCCACGUGCCCAAGCUUCACCAGCUGUGUUGUCACUUGUCACUCCCAAUUUUGCCUUUUUUCGCAAUCUACGUCUCUCUCUCUCUAAACCCAGCCAAAAGAAACCUAUCUCUCUCUCCUCAAUGGCGCGAACCGGAGGGCGAGAAUCGCAGGGAAAGAAGAGGAAGCGAGAGAGAGAGAACCAGAAGAAGCACGAAGAAGAAGUUGUUCAAAGGAAGGAUCCAUUGGAGGUUUUUGGUACGGACAUAAUGUCGACGGUACUCAGUUAUCUCGACGCACACAGCUUGGCACCCUCUCUUCUCGUCUCUCGUGCCUGGAACGGCGUCGCUUCCUCCGAUCGCCUCUGGGCCUCGAAGUAUAUUUCAGUUUGACUUCAAAUUAUGCUAGAGUACAGAGAGAGGAUAUAUACUUUCUUUCAUGGGAGUCUUCACAGGCUUUCAAUACUUUCUUUCAUGGGGGUCUUCAUGUGAGUGCGAGGAAUUGUGGCUUCACAAAGCGCACAUACCUUGCUUGUCUCAAACCCCGGGACUAACGAAGUUGGCCGCUUACUCCUUAUCUUUCAUGGAUGGCAAGCGAGCACGCAUUACGAAGUAUGAUCUGUGCGACCAUGUUUGGGAGGUGCAUUUCAACAAGGCAGCUCCAGAAUACUGGCGUAAUCUCGAUCCUUACUGGAAGGGUGGUGGGCCUCUCCUCCGCCGGUACUUCCAUCUCGAUGGGAGCCAAACAGCAGAUCCCGGUGACCCAACAUGGGGCGGCCACGAAAGCUGCUAUUGUACUGUUACAAGUUACCUUGGGGAGGAACAGAUCAGGGAUCACUAUGUAAGAAUAAACAGAUGGCCAAGAAUGAAUGUAUAUAGAAAGCAGGACUGGAGCUGGAAGAUGUCCAACCACCUCUAUUGCUACUCAAGCAUUCCUGACCCUCAUAAACAAGGUGGAACUGGACCACCAUUUUCAGUUGUGUAAGUAUACGUUUUGCUCCAAGUAUGCUUAGGCAUAUCUGCCAUCACUAAAAGGAUUUGCUGAUAAAUCAAAUGCAUCACUAUUAGAACUUAGUGUUUUUUUUUUCUUUUUUCUUUUUUCUUUUUGUAAAAGCUGGGAUGUUAACCAACCUUUUGUCAUUUUUGCUAAGGUUCAAUGAGGGCUCCCCUCUUUGAUGGUGGUUUUUUUUAUCA